AGAAAGCUAGAACUUAGCUCUUUCGAAUAACUUUCUGAAUCACAAACAAGCGGACGUCGGUCGACGAAAACAGAGCAUAUAUUUAACUCGAGGCGCUCUUAGCUUGUGACGAAAUCGAAGGUAAGUAAUUUGGAUAGUCGUUAAGGGUAACCAUGCAAACCACAAAUGUUUAAACUUAAAUCUCUUGUAUUUCAGUUCCUUCGGUUUGUUUGGAUACAAAGAAUAACCCUGGAUCAUUAUUGCAGGAGCUGUUGUGAAGAAUCAAUUCAGUUAUAUUCUACGUGGAAAUUUAAUUUCAUAAAAUUAUCAAUUUGCACAUUUGAAAUAAGCUAUUCAUUUCAGUUAUGUAAUAUAAUGAGACAGUUAACCGACCUGAGGAAGUAGCCUAUACGCACAUUUAUUGCUUAAAAUACGAUUAACGGUUUGAUCUGAGCUGCUGGUUUGAAGACGCUUCGUAAAAAAAUGAAAAAGUUUCAAUUUGUUAAUAAUUGAUUUAGAACAUUAUUAAGAAAAGAGAAAAGUCCAAGGAAAAGAAAAGAAUGGCAGAUUAAGCUCAAAUUUUAAAGCUCUUAGCGGUUGGGAAUUAUCGGCUGAAUUAUGUCUUCUCUCCAUCAUAGUCUGCAAACCUAGUUUGUUGUCGUUGUCAUUGUUGUUAAUCCAGUGUCAUAUUUUUUAGGAGUCGAGAGCUAAAUCUUCUGAAAAACUUAGUAUAAAGGCGGUAAGUAAAUAGUAGAGUGUUAAGUCUGUAUUUUGUCUGACUUCAGUAUUCCUUUAAAUAAUUACUCUCUGGUGCCUGAAAAUGAAAUCACACACAAUUGAUUUCUCAUACAAUAGGGCCAUUUAUACGAGGAAAAAUAAGACGCGUCUUAAAUAAGACGCCAACUGUACCAUUUAUACGAGCAUGUCUUAUCUAAUAAGACGCGUCUUAGCUAAGCCGCGUCUUAUUUUAGACGAAAUGUGCCGUUUAUACAGAAAGUUCGCGUCUUAUUUAAGACGCGUCUUAUGUAAGACGCGUCUUAUUUUUCCUCGUAUAAAUGGCCCGAUUGAUCAUAUUCGCAAAGUUCGUCAUUUAUCUGUAAUAGUAAUUUUUAACUUUUUUUACUCCCAAAAUGAGUACAAUAACAACGAUACCUAAAGAUUUUAGUUAAAUUUAUAAAACCCUCACGUGUUCUCGAACAUUUUUCCCGCAGAAAACCUGUGCGCAAAGACAUGACAAACUACAGAGGACAACAAGUAGAGGAUACGUUGGAGCGCAUUCAGUCUCACAAGGGCGUAGUGGGACUGGUUAUCGUAAGCGAGGAUGGUAUUCCCAUACGAACGACCCUUGACAACUCCACCACUCUUCAAUACGUGGCUAUGUGUAACACCCUAUGCGGCCUCGCCCGUGGGGUCGUACGGGACACUGAUCCUCAAAAUGACCUGAAGAUUCUUCGGGUACGCACCAAGAAGAAUGAGAUAAUCAUGGCGCCCGAAGGCGGGAGAUAUUUGAUCGUUAUCCAAACAGGAGAUCAACCACAGCAGCAAACAUUUAAAGAUCUUUUAGAGUAA